GGGGCCCUUUUACCCAGCAGCAGCCUUCACGCUGGCUCCACUGAGGAGACUUCACUCCAGAGAAGAUGGCUCCAGUGCUGGCUUUGAUGGUCCUCUGCCAAGUGGCUUUAUACACAACUGUAACAUCCAAGAAAGUAUGUGGCCGUCCUUUUUUCGCUGACGGGAUCGACGAGUUGAACCUAAAACAUGUGUUUGAGGUUGGAGAGGAGCUGACACCCACAUGUGAAACGGGGUACUCGCCUUCAACAGCGACCCCUCGGAGGAUGACCUGCACCAGCACAGGAGCAUGGACACAGUCAGACCUGGCGUGUUCCCCCAAGAUGUGCCAAAUCCCUCGACCUCUGCAGCCAUUAGCAAGGGGGAGGACAGAAGCUCCAUUCAAGAGUGUUCUCAACUACACAUGUGAUGACGGGUACGUCAUGCAAGGAGCCAAUGAGAGCAGCUGUUUACAUGAUGGCACCUGGAGCAAUCCACCGCCUCUCUGCAAAGCUGUGAACUGUCAACUGCCCAGGCCACCUAGAGAUGGAAGGAUUGCCUAUGAUAAGCCAGUUCCUGGACGCACCGCCAUGUAUGGGCAAGGCUGGACAUACGAGUGUAACCCACCCAUGGCACCGAGUUUUGAGAGGGGAUCCUGCAUGGCUGAUGGAAGUGCAACUGAGCCACCGGUGUGUCGAGUGGUGAGCUGCAGCAUCCCGACAGGCAUCCCGAAUGGCUUCAUCACCUUCGCUGUGAUGAGACAACACGGCUACAAGGAAAAGGUUAAGUACGGCUGCAAUGAGCAUUAUAUUCUGGAUGGAGAGGCUGAGAUACAGUGUCAAAACUCAGGAAACUGGUCUGCCAAGCCCGUUUGCAGAGCUCCCUGCGCAGUUGGCAUCAAAAGAGGCCGUAUCUCCUACAAUGCCAAGAAGCUCUGGAUCGCAGACCUGAAACCCAACAGAGUCCUCCAUGGAGAACCCGUUUCCUUCUACUGUCUGAACAGAGCAGAUAGUUGUGGCUACCCUGUGGCCAGCACCUGUAACGAUGGGACCCUCCCCAUCCCAGAGUGCUUUGUGGAACCAGGCCGGGUGGAGUACACCAUGAGGGCCAAAACCCUUCCAUCAGAAAUCACAAUGUGUGCUGCUUCACCCCCUGCAACACCUGCAUAACUUUGCAAGGAAUGACCUGAAACACAUUGUAUAAUGACAGAAUGUGAAUAAAUGGAUCAUGCUACAGAGA